AAUCACUCUUGGUCCAGACCGCAAAAGUUUACCAAAGGAAAGAACGGAAACCGAACGAUAUGACUUCGGAUGAGUGAGUAUCCUACCGAGCCAUGACAAGAAACGACAGCAUCCCAACUCUGGAGUCGGGAGAAUGUGAGAACAUGUUAGAAGACAGCGCGUCAGUAGCCAACAAUUCUGAGGGGACUUUGAAUAAUCUCUCUUUACGUUGCUGGCUUCAUCUCUUGACAAAGGAAUCUAGUUCAGAACUGCAUGGGGACGGUUCCAGCACUGCUGUGCGCGUCAUGAUUGCGCUGGUUUACUCAGUAGUGUGUGCACUUGGUCUGGUGGGAAACUCUCUUGCACUGUAUUUGUUGCACUCACGCUAUAGACAAAAACAAUCUUCCAUUAAUUGUUUUGUUAUGGCUCUGGCACUCACUGACCUACAAUUUGUUCUCACGCUGCCCUUUUGGGCUGUGGACACUGUCCUUGACUUCCGCUGGCCGUUUGGGACGGUCAUGUGCAAAAUCAUCAGCUCUGUCACCACCAUGAACAUGUAUGCCAGUGUGUUCUUCCUGACAGCCAUGAGUGUGGCGCGCUUUUACACGGUCAUCUCGUCUCUGAAGAUGCACAGCCGCCGCGCGUCUGCGGUCGCUGCUAAGUGGAUAUGCCUGGGCAUCUGGCUCGUCUCGCUCCUGGCCACUCUGCCCCAUGCCAUCUACUCGACCAGCGCCCAGUUCCCGGGCGAGGAGCUGUGCCUGGUGCGCUUCCCCGAGACGGGCAGCUGGGACCCCCAGCUCCUCCUCGGCCUGUACCAGUUGCAGAAGGUGCUGCUGGGCUUCAUCAUCCCCCUGGUGGUGAUCACGGUGUGCUACCUCCUGCUCCUGCGCUUCGUGCUGAGCCGCCGCAUCAGCGGCGUGGCGGACAGCGAGCAGGGCCGCCACAAGAGCCGCUCCAAGGUCACCAAGUCCGUGGUCAUCGUGGUGCUCUCCUUCUUCCUCUGCUGGCUGCCCAACCAGGCGCUGACCCUGUGGAGCGUGCUCAUCAAGUUUGACCUGGUGCCCUUCAGCGACGCCUUCUACAACGCCCAGGCCUACGCCUUCCCGCUCACCGUCUGCCUGGCGCACACCAACAGCUGCCUCAACCCCGUGCUCUACUGCCUCGUCCGGCGCGAGUUCCGCGCCGGCCUCAAGGAGCUCCUGCUCCGGGCCAAGCCCUCCUUCUGCAGCCUCAGCCACCUGCUGCCACGCAAGGCUAAAGUGGCCGAGGCACCCACCGUGCUGGUCCUGGUGCAAAUGGAUGUCUGA